AUGGAAAGACUUGUUGAUUGUUUCGCUGCACGAAACCAAGAUAUUCAUGGGAAUAUUGCUAAGUUGGGUUUUUAUUAUCCUGUUGAGAAGAGGGAGAGAAGCCCAAGCUUUGAAAAUGGUCCUACAAUUUGCUGGGUGCAUCAUAUAUCAAAAGACAAUACAUUACAUUUGAUAUUGAUAGAGCUGUGUUUUGAUAUUGACGCAAAUUCUGCACACUUUUGGUACAAUACAUUGAGUCCUGAAAUUUGUCCUGAUGAUUCAGAACAAAAUAAUUUUACUCCAAGCCAUGAUACCAGGAUAGAAAGUGUUUUGGACACAACUAAACAAUUUACAACUGAUGAGAUAUUUAAUAGUUGA